GGCCUCCCAGCUGCUCCUUUCCCGUCCGCAAGACAUAAAACUACGUUCCACCUCUAGAGGGCAGCAGCAUUUGAAAUCGCAUGUUUGUGCGGGCUGAAUGGAGCAGGAUAGGAAGAGGCGGCGCCCGCUGAUUGGCUGCUCCGCAUUAUUAGCCUGGUUUUUUUUUUUGGCCCCUCAGGCGCUUGGUAGUUGUAGUUCUGAGCCGUGGUUCUCUGGCAAGCAAAAACUACGAGACCCAGAAUGCCUUGCGCGACCAGCUCUCUAAUUGGCAGCUUCAGUCCUUCUGCUAUGCGAGCACAUACACAAAAGGCUGGCUCCUGAGCGGCAGCGUACACCUUUGCUGGAUGACCUUAGAUCUUUCAUUUUCACUGGUUAUAAAAAUGGAAACCUCCAAUUAUGGGACAAAAAAAGACUGGGGCAAAUUUAAAUCAAAGAAGGUGAGAAGUUCCUCCAAAGUGACCAAAUCCAACGGAACAACAAACAUUACGUCUGACAACAAAAAGACGAAAGAUCAUAAGUUAACACAAAAGCUGUCAUGUAAACCAAAAGAAGCACAAGGUCGUCCGUCCUUUAGAAGUCAACAGAAUGGUCAAACAAAGCGAUUAUCCGUCAAGAGCAAAGGCAAAAGGGAAGUGGAAACCAGUGACCUUGAGGAGCAGAGCAUUGACAAGACCAAACCUUACGCCUGUGCCAUAUGUCAGAAGAGUUUUGCCCAGAAGUCCAACCUUGUAACCCACUUCCGAGUCCACACUGGGUCCAGACCCUACAUGUGUAUGCAGUGUGGGAAGAGUUUCAGCACCAGCUCAAAUGCUGUGACCCAUCAGAGGGUGCACACCGGAGAAAGACCAUACAGCUGUGGAGAGUGUGGGAAAAAAUUCAGCAUCAGCUCCAACUUGGUGACCCACCAGAGGGUUCAUACAGGAGAAAGACCCUAUGUCUGUACUGACUGUGGAAAGAGCUUCACUCACCGCUCAAAUCUGGUCAUUCAUCAGAGGGCACAUUCAGGGGAGAAACCUUAUUCCUGCGCGACAUGCGGAAAAACAUUUACUCACAGCUCCCACCUUGUUGCCCAUCAGAAAGUUCACAUUUAGAAAAAUAGUAAAGCAUUGCCUGCAGUGAUCUUCUACUUGUUGGACACCCUUAGUCUGGCCAUGCACACUAUCUCGGUUGGAUUGGCCAACCAUUAAAUGUGUAGGAGGCCCUACCAAUCCCCCCCCCCAUUUCAACCUGCCUGAUCCUUUUGUUCUCAGGGGAGAUGUGCUGCUGCCAGAGGACAGGAGCUUAUACCCCUCUCUUCAUUGAAAAACACAUGCAUGCCUGGCCAUGCAUGUGUAUGGUGGGGGUUGGAAGGAACAGCAGUCGGGUGACUGAACAUUUGGCUGACCACUAAGAGGAGUGUAUGGCUAGUUUUAGCUAGAUGAUGGUCAAGUUGGUCAAACUGAGCUGCAAAAUGACUUUGUUUUCGCCGUGUAUUAUAAACUUUCUGAUAAUGUGCCAAGUAGCUACACAACCUAUUUAUUAAUCCAGUGCUGAUGGUUAUGUUUUACUCCUCGAUAGUAAAGGCAGUAGAAGCUUUCUAAGUAUACUUGUCAUGACAUGUAUAACCUGUGUGCUCCUAGCCGUUAGUAAUAGCAGCCAAUUGUAUUCCACACUUACUAGCCUUUCCGUAGGUGGAUCUAAGCAUACUAUGGUGUGCAAGAAACCGAUGGAGGGAUAGUUUAGAAGAAAUGAAGGAACAUGUAGAAUGUUUGUAAAAUGUAGACAACAGUUUUGAUCUGACUAUAGUUGCAGCUCCAUAAAUUAGAUCAUUGAAAGUUACCGUAUUUUUCGCCGUAUAAGACGCACCGGCGUAUAAGACGCACCUAGGUUUUUGGGGAGGAAAAUAAGAAAAAAAAUAUUUUUAACCAAAAGG